AUGCUUCCUUUAUCAUAGAAAAAAUAAUCCCCAUUCGCAGGCCGCACCCAAAGCCCACCGGAGCAGGAUGAGUUCGUCUCGCCGGCGCCGCCGCCUCUCGCCGCCGCCGCAGCUGCCCGAUGACGCCAUCCGAGACAUACUCCUCCGCACGCCGUCGGACGACCCCAGACGCCUCGUCCGCGCCUCCCUCUGCUGCAAGCCAUGGCGACAGAUCCUCUCGGAUCCGAUCUUCUGCCGCACCUACCGCGAGCUCCACCGCGGGACGCAGCCCUUGCUCGGAUUCAUCCACAACAAGGGCAGCGCGGAGAAGCCGCACCACUGCGUGCUGGUGCCCACCACCUCCUUCCGCCCGCCCGGCGGCACCCACCGCCGCAACUGGAUCGUGCUCGACUCCCGCCACGGCCGCGUCCUCCUCUACAGCUUCCCGCCCAAGCCAGACAUCCAGUUCGUCGUCUGGGACCCCAUCACGGACGAGCAGUGCCGACUCGUCCUGCCCGACUUCACCCACGGCUCCUGGAGCGCCACCGUGCUCUGCGCCACGGACGGCUGCGACCACGUCGACUGCCACGGCGGCCCCUUCCUCGUGGUCUUCGCGGGCCUCGACAGGCACGCCUUCGCUUCCGUCUACUCGUCGGUCUCCGGUGGCUGGAGCGACACCGUCUUCGUCGACUAUCCGGAUGCCGCCAUGGAGCAGUACCCUGGCAUGGAGUUCACGAGGUUCAUGGACAGCGGCCUCGGCUUCACUCUUCUACAGGGGAACACUGUCUACUUCCCUUGCAACAUGAGCAACCGAGUCCUCGAGUACAACAUUGCCGAAGAGCGGCUGUCGGUGAUCGACACCCAGUUCCACGACUACUACCAGUGGCACGCCGUCCUCGUCGCCCGCGGUCCAAGACGACGGCGUGCUUGUGUUCGCCGGCUUGGAGGAUUCCACCCUCCACGCGCGUGUGGUCGAGGGAGGCCGGCGAAGACGGCGCUGUGGAGUGGGCGCAGCGCAGGGUCGUCCAUCUCGACGUGCUGGUGCCCCGUCCUGGCUGCUGCAGCACGCCCGAUUGGGAUGGCAUGUCGGGUGGCCUAUUGGUUGGAUCCGCAAACGGCGUCAUCUUCCUCAGCACGCAUGCUGGAUCAUACACAGUUGACAUUACUUCAGGCCGAGUCAGCAAGUUAACCAACAUGAGAUUCACUGACAAAAUCAUCCCCUACACCAGCUUCUACACUCUAGAUCAUUCUAUGGGCAUAAAGCACCACUGCCUUGAACAUGUGAGCUCAUCAACAUGACUUGGCUGCCAUUUUGGUGGACUUUUCUUCGUUUGUUGGUUCUGCAUAUGCCCUAUGCAUGUCUCUGUCUGGAAGAGAAUGCGGACAUGAAGGUUGAACCAUCCUCUGUUGGUGGAAGUCAAAAUUUCAGACAGUGUUAUAGUAUGUUGAGUCCUGGAUAUGUACAAGGCACUAUAACUGUGUGUAUCUAUAUACAGUAUGCUCCUAACCAGCCUUUAUCUUCGAGACAAGUGGAGUUUUUGGGUAUGCAACUGGACUUUGUUUCAGUUAACGGCAGCGUUCAAGUGAGUGGGUAAUCUCUGUUUGUCUGGUGUAACUGAAUUAGCUGUAAGACUGUUAAUUUGGUCAUGCCGUGUGCUUUAAUUGUUUGCACUCUGCUGUAAUUGAGCCUAAUGACUACCUGUUAUGCUAAAUGA